GGCGGAAUCCUGCCGGCUGGAUGCUGAGCCGCCCUCCCCGCCGAGUCCCCGCCGGGCCCACCCCAAUCCCGAACCCUAGCCGCAGGCUGCGCGCCCCGCGCCCCGUCGGCGCCGCGCUCCGGGCCCGCGCGCUUUAAUGCAGCAGCUCCGCAUUCCGCCGCUCCACGUCUCCGCUGCCUGGGACGCUCCUCGACGGCGCCCGCAGCCGCCUGCAGCGCGCCCGCCCUCGCCCGGAGCCCAGCGUCCUUGCCGGUCCGGGGAGUGGGUGGGCCAGGCCGGAGGCUGCCCUGCUGUGGCAGGAUGUUCAUGCCCAAGUCCAACUCGGUGUCGCCCUCGCCGUCCCUGGAGCAGGCUGACUCGGACGCGCUGGACAUCAGCACCAAAGUGCAGCUCUACGGGGUGCUGUGGAAGCGGCCCUUCGGGCGGCCGUCGGCCAAGUGGUCCCGGCGGUUUUUCAUCAUCAAAGAGAGCUUUCUUCUUUACUACUCUGAGAAUGAAAAAAAGAGCUUUGAAACCAAUAAAUACUUCAAUAUACAUCCUAAGGGCGUCAUCCCUCUGGGGGGCUGCCUGGUGGAGGCCAAGGAGGAGCCCAGCAUGCCCUACGCCAUGAAAAUCUCCCACCAGGACUUCCAUGUGCACCGUGGCCCCUCUUCCUGGCAGGGGAACAUCUUGCUGGCAGCGGAGUCUGAGUUUGAGCAGGCGCAGUGGCUUGAGAUGCUGCAGGAGUCGGGGAAGGUGACUUGGAGGAACGCCCAGCUGGGAGAAGCCAUGAUCAAAAGCCUGGAGGCCCAGGGGCUGCAGUUGGCCAAGGAGAAACAGGAGUAUUUAGACAAACUGAUGGAAGAAACGGAAGAGCUCUGCCUGCAGAGGGAGCAGAGAGAGGAGCUCGAGCGCCUUAAUCAGGUGUUGGAGGCUGAGAAGCAGCAGUUUGAGGAGGUGGUGCAGGAGCUGAGAAUGGAGCAGGAGCAGAUCAAGAGGGAGCUGGAACUGACUGCAAGAUGCCUCAAGGGUGUGGAACAAGAGAAAAAGGAGCUGCGGCACCUCACGGAGUCCUUGCAGCAGACACUGGAGGAACUCUCCAUAGAGAAGAAGAAAACCCUGGAAAUGCUGGAGGAGAAUGAGAACCAACUGCAGACACUGGCCAAUCAGAGUGAACAGCCCUCUCCCAGUGGGGGUCUCCAUAGCAACCUAAGGCAGAUUGAGGAGAAGAUGCAGCAGCUCUUGGAGGAGAAGCUCCUGGCCGAGAAGCGAAUGAAGGAGAAUGAAGAGCGCUCGCGGGCCCUGGAAGAGGAGCGUGAGUUCUACUCCAGCCAGUCCCAGGCACUACAGAACUCGCUUCAGGAGCUGACAGCACAGAAGCAGCAGGCUGAGCAGGAGCUCAAGGCUGAGGUGAAGGUCCGCAUGGACCUGGAGAGGCGUCUGCGGGAGGCAGAGGGGGCCUUGCGGAGCCUGGAACAAGGGCUCAACUCCAAGGUGCGGAACAAGGAGAAGGAGGAGAGGAUGCGAGCUGACGUGAGCCAUUUGAAAAGGUUCUUCGAGGAGUGCAUCCGGAAUGCCGAGCUGGAGGCCAAGAUGCCGGUCAUCAUGAAGAACUCCGUGUACAUCCACAAGGCGGCCACUCGCCGCAUUAAGAGCUGCCGCUUCCACCGGCGUCGGUCCAGCACCUCCUGGAAUGACAUGAAGCCGUCCCAGUCCUUCAUGACCUCCCAGCUGGAAGCCAACAACAUGGAGGAGCUGAAGGAGGUGGCCAAGCGGCUGAGCCGAGACCAGCGCUUCCGGGAAUCCAUCUACCACAUCAUGGUGACUCAGCCUGGACCACCCUCCGUGCUUCCCCGCGGUGGAAAAUGAUGGGCUUUCCUUCCUGCCUCCCAAGUCUUUUGUGGGUCAGGCUGGGAAGGGACAGCAGGGGGAGGCUGGCUCUACCUGGCUUCUCUUAGGUCUCCUCUGGGCCAGAGCUCCACCUGGGUCCAGUCUCACCCUCAAAGAACAGGGACGCUACCUCCCUCACUCCCACCCCAGACCCUCCCCUUGGGUGUCUACACCAGGUCCAUGCAGGCCCAAGCUGGCUGCCUCCUAGUUGUCAUGGUGAGGCCCAGAGGGUGCCUGGUUGCAUGUAGACACUAUUUUUCGGUUGGGGAGUGGGGCGGGCCGGGACCACACACUUCUCUUGUGCCUGCUCUCCCUCUCUGUGACUGCCACCCUUACUGUCCUCGCGUGUGAAGGCCUCCCCUCCCCAGCUUGACACUUGCUUCCUCCAGGGGCUUCCUAACCCCCUGUUUGCUUCAGAGACUCAUAGACAUCACUCAGUCAAGGGCCCUCACUUUGACCACAUUAUGGGGUAGGGAAGAAGGGGACCUAGCACGGCAGCUCUGGGUUCACAGCACACCAUACAGCCACUUCCACCUUUCCUGAGGUUGGGCCCUGGCUAUGACACCACCUGCUUACUCCCCUCCUCCGGUGAGCUCACCCACCUGCAAUCUCAGCACCCUAUGAGGGUGAUGUGACCCCACCGCCACCACCUAUGUCCCUCCUGCAUAUGUACCUAGGGCCCUGGGCCCUGGCUGGGAGCUGGGACAGCAGCGAUGCUGAGAGCUCUCCCAGAGGACGCAUAACAAGUCAGGGAGUGGGACAAGAUGGCCCUGGCUCCUGCCUUUUCUUCUGGUUGGGCAGGGAGGCGGCUCCCUCUGGCUACCAUGACCUUGCCGGUCUGUGGGAUCACAGAUGUCUUCCAGCUGCCUGUGCUCCAGUCGCCUUGCUGCCUCCUCUCCCUGCAGAGGCUUUACCCAGUGAAGCAAUGUGACCACGAACCCUGGAAGAUGAGGGCCGGGGCCUGUAAAGUGGCCAGUAGUCAUUUGUUGACUCUGUGUCAUCAAGGGUGAAGCUGAAACAUGUAUCUGCAGCUUUUGUGGAAGACCACCACCCUCCAUGGGGCUGAGGGCUGUGGGGUGUGUCUCUCACUCAUAGACAGACAGUCUGUCCAGCUAUUCUCCCUCUAGGUUCACCCUCCGAAGCUGCCUGGGUCUGUUGGUUUCUUAAGAAAGGGUGUCUAGUUGGGAUCAGGGUACUCAGGGACACUGGUGGUAUUAAAGGUGCUGAUUUCUCUCUGCUGCUUGGAAAACAGUGAAGAGCCCAGUCUGAGAGAUGGACAGAUGGCUGCAGGGUAAGUCCCAGCAGAGGCGUAGGUCCCUGGGGAUUUGCAUGGGACUAUUGUGGGUAGAGGAGUGUCGAUGACUCAAAACUCAUGCGUGUCCACUGCUAGACUGGCCACCAGGCUGGACUUCACUGCUCUGUGCUCAGACCUGCCUGGUAAAACUAAUCUCCGCAGUCCCUCCUCAGUGAUAGGUAGAUUUUGAUGGCUUCAGCGAGUCUCUUCAGGGUCUGGGUGAGGACGGGUGGAGGUGCUUCAGAAUCAAUGCAUCUGGCAGGGAUGAGUCUAAAUGUAAACCUUUAAACAUGUAUUAUAGAAACCUGCAUAAACCUGGAAAUCAUUUAUCUAACAUGUAUGUAGGAUGGACUAUGAAAUGAGGGGGAAGAUUUAUAAAACCAAGAUUACUGUUUUAUUUUUUUGUUUCUUUGUUUUUAAAGAAUUAGAGUAAUAAUGGUUUACUCUUGGAGAAAGAUCUUUUGGAAAUUUUCAAAUGCAUUUUUUUUCUGGGCAAGCUGUUAACCAGAAAGGAAAGUGUUUUCCAUGCACAUUCACUAAUCCCUCGUUCCUUUUCUCCUGUUUUGCCCUGUACUUAACCAUGCCGCAGGCAAGUCAUAGGUAUUUAUUUAUUAAAAACAUUAUGUACCUAGCACUGUAAAUAGAAAAAGAGCAAAUUCCCUAUGUGAAAAUAUGUAAAGGUGGGAAUUGCUUGAUCUGGAAAUAUAUUGAUCUGAUUUUUUUUUUUUUUAAGAAAAAAAUCAAAACCCUUAUUCCUUGGCCAAUUAAAUGUGUUUCCUGCA